AUGGUCUACCAACUUCCUGUAUCCGACCACCUUGAUCCUGACCCCUUUGACUUUGACUCAAGCAGCCCUGAAAAGCCCGCGUCACCAUCCCGCGUCGCCACACGUCCCAACCCAUACUCUGUCAAGUCGCAAAGCACGCUGUUUCCGACCUCGCUGCGCACCCCUAUCCCUUCCUUUCCGGAUGAUCCUCGCCUCAACACCUCCGUAACGACGUCCAAAAUUACCGCUCUGAGCCAGCAAGCCUUCAUCGACAGCUUCUACAGCUCCUUGGAGGCUGCCAGUAGCUCGCCACGAUGCUCGUCCAAGCCACCGCAAUCCUCAACGGCAGCAAAACAUUCUACGCCAACCAUGGUCAAGUCUAAAUCUCGACCCGUCCAGUCUCUGAUAUCGAGCUUUGAGCUCGCAGCCUCAGCCAAACGCAUGAGUUGCGUCAUGGCUGCGACUGCAGCUUCUCACAAACGACGUAAAAAUGUCACCGAACCUCGAAAACACAACAGCAGCGUCGCAGCUCCUUCCCACAAUGGUCCAUCUCGACCCCGCUCGCAGCCCUACCCGCGCGCUGGCUCGCCAUCUCCAACGUCGGUCUCGUCAGGACCUACUCAGCGAUCCCGAUCCGCCACUCAGAAGCGGUCAAAGGUGAUCAUCCCCAAGAUCACCAUUCGUGCCCCUACGCCCGAGCCCGAGCCUUCUCUCAAUCACUUUAUCCAGAAAGAGGGUAGCGAGUACGCGCUCAACGACAACUGCGUGCCUGUGUACGUGAAGAGCCCCUUGUCUGACCUCGGUGCCGACAUAUCCAAGGUAGAGGACAGCAUCGACGAUAUUCUCAGCAAGUACUUUGACCCUCGCAAAUCCGCACAGCUCGUGGGCGUUGAGCUGCUUCGCUGCUUAGCUUCGUCCAUGAGCAGACUCUACUGUACUGUCCAGCGGCCAGAGUCCCAGCUGGGUCAGCUCAAGCUCCGAGCCAUCAGCAGUCAUAUGUUCAAGCACACGGUCACCGGGUUCAUCCACCUGCUCGAGGAUGCCCUGGCGCCCUACACGGCCGCAUCCAGCCUUGCACUCGUGUCCACCAGGCUGUUGCAAGACUUUGACUUGGCCACAGACUGGUGCUGCCGUAUCUUCAAUGGCCCCACUCAAGCACAGCAACACCUCAAACACGGCGACCUCUUCCUCAAUAUUCUUAAUGCUGAGCUCGACCUCAUCCUCGAUCGAGGCCUGGUUUUGACGGACAUGGAACACAAGCUGGCUCUUCCGGGCAAAGGGUCCGCCUUUUCCCAAUACUUGCAAACCAUGGACCUGGACGACGUCGAGAUGUCACCCCGACCGGGAAGCAGCGAGUGGCUGCGUCGUCUCGAGUGGCGCAAGCAGUACGCUCGAGAAGGUGACGAGCGAGAUCGAUUUGCUCACACCGCCGUGGUCAGAUUCAUCGGUCAAUUGGUGGUCCACCAGGUCGUCAGCGUGCAAGUGCUUGCCAAGUGGCUCGACCGCUUUCUGGUCAACACGGUCUAUCUCGGCAUCCCUUCCGUAUGGGAGAUCGAAUGUGCUUGUGCGCUGCUGAUCACUGUAGGCCCUACGCUGGAUCGGAGGCAAGUUACAUUCCAUGCAGGCCUGGCAGCAGCACCGCACUCUCCAGCGUCCUCGGGCACCGACAAUGAGGCAGAGCGAACCGACUUUAACAGCGACGCUGACGACAGCGAAAGUUUUAACAUUCUUAACAAAGCCAUGGACAGAGUCGAUCACCUGAUCGCUGAGGAGCAGAUCAGCAAGAAUGCGCGCCAGUGGCUCAUCCAGGUUCGCGACUUGCGCGAGCGAGGCUGGAGGCAACACGACAAGGAUCUCGAUUGUCUCGACAGCGGCUAUAGCAGCAACUGA